AUGGUUUCCUUUAGGAAAGUUCUGGCGCUGUUGUUUAUCGGCACAGUGGGCGCGCUGCCAGCAGCCGACAGCAACGGUCAACUGUCUGAUUUGAUGCUCGAUAAGAGAAGCCUUCUUGGCCCAAGAGAAGUCUGCAAAGCCAGCGAUCCCAACAACCAAGCCUUUAAGAAAAACCAAGCCAACGGAUCCGCCUUCUGCUCGAGCUACAUCCAAAGGACAGUAUCUACUACCAUCACCCCUAUAGUCCGCAGUACCUCGACGAGAGUCACAGUGACCACGACUACUCUCAUUGGUGUCACGACUGUCCGAACCACCACCUUCCUCGUGACCGUCACCACUGCUACAAAGACCGAUUUAACUACAAUAACCCUAACCAGCACUGCACUUGUUACUGAUGUUACAACAAAGACUCUUACGAACACAGCGACGAGCAGAGUCACCAAUACUAAGGCAGUUCAGGUAGCUGUGACAGAUGUUGAGCAAGUGACUCAGAGGAUAACAACUGGGGUUACUACGACUGUUACAGUCGAUGUUGAUACGACGCUCACAACGGAUGUUACUGAUGCUGCUACUAUCGAUGUUCUGACGACAUCGUCAACCACAAUUUCCACUUUUGUUGAAGCACCAACUCCUACCGUGUAUGUUCCUGAUACGGAGGUCCACUGCAACGUCGUUGGUUAUGGAGAUGACAACAACUUUUGGAGCGGGGGAUCCGGUCGAUCUAUCGGAAAUCCGAGCUUCAGCGUAUGCCGAGACUUUUGCUUGGGCGAUUCGGAAGCCGCCAGCUUCAGUUUCAACUCUGUUGAGUGCGACUGUUAUAAUGGCACAGUUACUAAUCUCGAUAAUAGGAGUGUUGCGGUUACACCAGAUGCUUCAUCUCCCUGGACAUUUUACGACAUGUUAUGUGGUUCCGCCAACAAGCCUUCUAAACGAGCAGUGAAGGUGGUACAGAUACCCGAUUAUCUACCGAGCAAAGCUCCUAGCGCUGUCAGCAGCGCAUGUUCAUGCCUGAUCGCCAGUCCCUCUGCCCCAACAACCAUAACCUUCACUGCCAAAGCCUCCAGGACGAUCACAGCUACACAAACCCGAACCAACACUUUCUCUGUCAAUAAGCUCAAGAGCACAUUUGUUACAGACCGAAAGACUAGCACUUCUACCAGCUCUACAAAAACCAUUAAAACAGGGUCUCAGACUGUAACGCAAACGAAUCGAAAAAGCGCAACAGUUACUAUCUCCUCUCGGCCAGAUUAA